AUGGCUUUUAAGUUUGUUGUAUUGAGCUGUUUGGUGGCAGCAGUGAGCGCUGGUCUCCUGCCAGCUGCUCCUUUGGCUUACUCACACGCCGUUCAUGCUCCAGUCGCCUACGCUGCUCCUGUUGCCAAAGUUGUAUCUGCCGUCGACGAAUACGACCCCCAUCCCCAAUACAGCUUCGCAUACGACGUUCAAGAUGGCCACUCUGGUGACUCCAAGAGCCAACAUGAAACUCGUGAUGGUGAUGUUGUCCAAGGCUCCUACUCUGUUGUAGACCCUGAUGGCCACAAACGCACCGUUGAUUACACUGCUGACCCCCACAAUGGUUUCAAUGCCGUGGUUCGCAGAGAGCCCCUCGCAGUUCAGGCUGUCGCCAAGGUGGCUGCCCCAAUCCAAUACCACGCUAGUCCAGUCCAAUACCACGCUAGUCCAGUCCAAUACCACGCUAGUCCAGUCCAAUACCACGCUAGUCCAGUCCAAUACCACGCUAGUCCAGUCCAAUACCACGCUGCUCCAGUUGCUUACGCUGCUGCCCCAGUCGUCCACGCUGCACCAGUAGCCUACUCUGCUCCUCUGUACCACCAUUAA